AUGUUUGUUCACAGAUGCCGUUUCGUUGAUUUUAUGCCUGCGGCUGUCAAUUGUCUAGCUUUUACGCCUCCCACAACUCAACCGUUUCUUGCCUGCGGUCGAGCGAACGGAAACAUUGAAAUAUGGAACCCUAAAGGACAAUGGAAUUUAGAGAGAACAAUUCCUGGAGAAAAAGGCGCGUCUGUUGAAGCCCUUAUCUGGGUGCAUCAGACGACUUUUCCCCAUUCGAAUAAUCUCACGUUUCGAACGGAAUCCAAACGAAAAGGAGUCUCGAACGAAUUAAGGAGCGAACUUUUAAAGUUAUUUUCCGGAAGUUCCAAUGGGCUGAUAAUUGAAUGGGAUACGACGACAUUAAAACAAAAGAAAUCGAUCGAUUCACACGGUGGGGCGGUUUGGAGCAUGAAAAAUAAUAACGCGAAUACUUUGCUUGCAGUCGGUUGCGAAGAUGGUGGCGUACGUAUAUUUGAUAUUACCGAUGGAGAAUUAAUAUUAAAAAGGAAUUUCGUGAGAAACGAAGCCAGAAUUAUGUCGUUGGCUUGGAGUUUUGAUGAUAAAUUCAUAGUUACUGGCUCAUCAGACAGUUGUAUCGUGAGAUGGGACGUUUCCGAGGCACGCAUAAACCAAAGGAUGACAGUAGAUACUUUAAAGAAAAAAGACACGAUUGUUUGGGCGAUUAAUGUUCUUCGAAAUGGUACUAUUGUUAGUGGUGAUUCCCUAGGUCACGUUUGUUUUUGGGAUGAAAAAGUUGGUGUUAUGCAGCAGAAGUUCAACGCGCACGAUGCAGACGUGCUCUGUUUGGCAUCUAAUCAAGAAGGAACCAUCGUCUUCUCUUCUGGUGUCGAUCGCAAAUGUUUUUUAUUCCGACUUGUUGAUUCCGGUAUCGUGGAUGAAGGUGAUAGUAAAAAAAUAGACCCAUGGGUUCUGGCAGGAUUUCGCCGAUCGCAUUUGCAUGACGUGAGGUCAAUCGCGCUGAGUGAGGAUCAAGCGCUUGUUUCUGGAGGCGUAGAUGCUGUAAUGGUAGUUUAUCCUCUUGACAACUUUCUUCAGGGUAAUAUUCGAAGAUUACCUUUUGUCCCCCAAAAACCUUUAAUUUCCAUCUCGAAAUCAAAACGUCUGUUGAUGUAUCGUAACGACAAUCAAAUAAAGUUGUGGAAGUUGGGUGAAGCCGCGCUAUCAGAUUCUUGGCAGCUUGAACAGAUUCCGCGUUUGGAUUUAAUGAAACCACAACAAGCCAUUUUGGAAAUGUCAUUUAAGGGUAAUUUUUAUCUUACUGCAAGUGCCAUAUCCGAGGAUGGCGAGUGGAUUGCUGUGGCAGACAUUGAGAUCGUCAAAGUUUUCAAAGUGCAAAAAGAUAUUUCAAAUCCUGAAAAGAUAGCGGUUCGCAAGGUAAAAUUUCCUCAAAAUGUCGUAGACGGCCGUCGAGUCGGAGCGCACCAGUUAUUAUUCACACCAGACGGGUCCAAACUUAUCGUAGUUUAUGCCGAUUCAUCCAUUGUGGUUUCCGAACUUGAAGGCUGGCAGCAUAAUGAAAUAAAAGUUUUAAAAAAGUUUAAUCAACAUGCGCGACCAUUAGACAGUGAGUCAGUGGCAACGGUUAUUUCAGUAGCCAUUAAUGGCGACGGAAAAUGGAUGGCCACAGGUGAUCUUUUAAAUAGAAUCAACAUUUAUAAUUUAGAUGGUCUGGAGCACCAUGUAACUCUUCCCAAGUAUUCAUCUACUCAUACGUCAUUGACUUUUCAUCCAUCCGUUCCUAGUCUAGUGGUCACCCUGGCAUCUAAUGAAUUUUUGAUUUUUGACGUCGAAUCUGGGAAGCUCACUGAUUGGUCACAAAAACACUCUCAAAACUUACCAAAUGAGUUCCUAAGGCUUGAGAACAGGAUCAUGGGAUGCGCUUUUGAUCCCGAAAACAGUAAUGUCAUGAUACUUUGGGCAGCAAAUUAUUUUUGUCUGAUCGACUUUGGAAGGUGCAAAGAAGCACCAUUGCUUUUGUCCCACUGUAACGGAUGGCAGAAGAAACUGCAGAAUCGUCAAAAAUAUAGGAAGAAAAGAAAGAAAUCCGAUAAUGAAGGUGAAAUCAAUUUUCAGCUUGUCUAUAGGUAUCAACCUUUAUUGUUUGUUGAUUUCAUUGAAUCAAACUCUAUGGUUGUUGUCGAGAGACCAUUCGCCAUGGUUCUGGAAAAUCUACCACCUUCUUUUUACAAAGCGCAAUACGGAACUUGA